GCCGAAGUGAAAAGUGGGCUAGAAUUAAAAAGGGUUCAUCAUCCUCUUAGGGUUUUGACCGGAGAGCGUAAGAGGUGAAGUGUUGCAGAGAGAAGAGGCGUCAGUGCCUAGGAGAGCGUAAGAUGAGUGAGACAAGGCCAGUGCCUAGGAGAGAGAGUCCAUGGGGAAUCUCGGAAGGAAACCAUCGACAGCCCAAGGCUCAUCGUUGCAACGAUCGAGCUGAAGAUGUUAUCCAAGCUUGUUUUGAAGGAAACCCAUUUAAGACAGUUCCAGGACCUUUUAAGCUCUUUUGGCAAUGCAUGCGCUCUAAACCUGGGGAGGAACCAACAGAACCAUAUACUUAUUUGCAGCUGGAUCCACCGAGGAGAGAGGUAGAGGUGAAGCUUGACUGAAAUACCCUUUAUUGCAUUUUCUUUUAGAUUUGGAUCGUUGCUGGCACCACAGGUCACUUUCUGCUUCAUGUCAUCAAUAAGAAAUGUAAAGAUUCUGAAUGCUACUGAUAUAAGGGUCUUUUUUGUUUAGCAGUAAGUAUGACCAACAAUUUUCAGAAGUAUGCCACCUAUUUAUCUAUUUAACAUGCUGGGUUUUAAUCAUGUGCAUUGUACAGUUCUUUAUUGCAUGGUAUUCUUUUUGCUACUGGAAAACUGUCCUGUCUCAAUUUCUUAAUCCAUGAAUGGGAGAGGAUUUACCCUGUGACAUAUACAUGAUAAUAUGUGUAUCCGUAUCUGUUUAUUUUGUAUCUAACAAGUGUAAAACACCAAAAAUGUCUUACCACAAUUCAUGUCAAUGUGUAACAUAAAACAUAUUUUUUAUCGUGUGACCGUGUUGUGUUUAAAAUUGUUAGAUUUACUGAGGCAAAGGAAACACAUGAAUUCGUAUAGUGAU